UGGGUGGGGAGGUGGAGCAGCGGCAGCAGCAGCAGCCGCCGCCGCCGCCGCCGGCGCCGGAAAGGGAGAGGCAGGAGAGAUCGAGACUUGGAAACCCCAAAGUGUCCGCGACCCUGCAAGGCAGGCUCCCUUCCAGCUUCAUGGGCAAAGUGUGGAAACAGCAGAUGUACCCUCAGUACGCCACCUACUACUACCCCCAGUAUCUUCAAGCCAAGCAGUCUCUAGUCCCCGCCCACCCCAUGGCCCCUCCCAGCCCCAGCACCACCAGCAGUAAUAACAACAGUAGCAGCAGUAGCAACUCAGGAUGGGAUCAACUAAGUAAAACGAACCUCUAUAUCCGAGGACUGCCUCCCAACACCACAGACCAAGACCUAGUGAAGCUGUGCCAGCCGUAUGGAAAAAUUGUUUCUACAAAGGCAAUUUUGGAUAAGACAACGAACAAAUGCAAAGGUUAUGGUUUUGUUGAUUUUGACAGCCCUGCAGCGGCUCAGAAAGCUGUGUCUGCCCUGAAGGCUAGUGGAGUUCAAGCUCAGAUGGCAAAGCAACAGGAACAAGAUCCUACUAACCUGUAUAUUUCUAAUUUGCCACUGUCCAUGGAUGAACAAGAACUUGAAAACAUGCUCAAACCAUUUGGGCAAGUUAUUUCUACAAGGAUACUACGUGAUUCCAGUGGUACAAGUCGUGGUGUUGGCUUUGCUAGGAUGGAAUCAACAGAAAAAUGCGAAGCUGUUAUUGGUCAUUUUAAUGGAAAAUUCAUUAAGACACCACCAGGAGUUUCUGCUCCUACAGAACCUUUAUUGUGUAAGUUUGCGGAUGGGGGACAGAAGAAGAGGCAGAAUCCGAACAAAUACAUCCCUAAUGGAAGACCAUGGCAUAGAGAAGGAGAGGCUGGAAUGACACUUACUUAUGACCCAACUACAGCUGCUAUACAGAACGGAUUUUAUCCGUCACCAUACAGUAUUGCUACAAACCGAAUGAUCACUCAAACUUCUAUUACACCCUAUAUUGCGUCUCCUGUAUCUGCUUACCAGGUGGCAAAGGAAACCAGAGAAAACAAGUAUCGGGGCUCUGCUAUCAAGGUGCAAAGUCCUUCUUGGAUGCAACCUCAACCAUAUAUCCUACAGCACCCUAGUGCCGUGUUAACUCCCUCAAUGGAGCACACCAUGUCACUGCAACCUGCAUCUGUGAUCAGCCCUUUGGCCCAGCAGAUGAGUCAUCUGUCAUUAGGCAGCACCGGAACAUACAUGCCUGCAACAUCAGCUAUGCAAGGAGCUUACUUGCCACAGUAUGCACAUAUGCAGACAGCAGCAGUUCCUGUUGAGGAGGCAAGUGGUCAGCAGCAGGUGGCUGUAGAGACGUCUAAUGACCAUUCUCCAUAUACCUUUCAACCCAAUAAGUAACUGUGAGAUAUACAGAAGGGCGUUCUUACAUGAAGAAGGGUGUGAAGGCUGAACAAUCAUGGAUUUUUCUGAUCAAUUGUGCUUUAGGAAAUUAUUGACAGUUUUGCACAGGUUCUUGAAAACGUUAUUUAUAAUGAAAUCAACUAAAACUAUUUUUGCUAUAAGUUCUAUAAGGUGCAUAAAACCCUUAAAUUCAUCUAGUAGCUGUUCCCCUGAACAGGUUUAUUUUAGUAAAAAACAAAACAAAAAAAAAGCAAAAAAAAAAAAAAAACAAAAAAAAAA